AUGUCUGCGAAACCUAGUGUGGAUCUUUAUGUGUCAUACGAUACUAUUUAUCCAGCAGAUACUGUGGAAUGGUGUCCAAUAUCAGAAUACAAGGAUGUAUUUGUGUGUGGAACUUAUAAGCUGGAUGAAACAAAUAAAUUGAAAACUGGCACUAUUAAUUUAUUUAUUCUAGAGCAUAAAAAUAAAAUAAAACUGAUUCAGAGUAUUCAUGGAGAUGCUGUAUUGGAUUUAAAGUGGAAUUUUUGUAUUGUUUCAGGGAAAAUAUUACUAGCAGCUGCAUUAUCUGGUAAACACAUUAGUGUAUAUAGUUUGGGUAAGUAUUUAACAAAUAAUAAUCAGCAUAUGUGAUGUACUAAAAUAGAUUAUUUAUAUAUUUUUUUAGAUAAAGAAGAAAAUGAUUUAUGUUUAAAUAUGUACACUAGUUUUAACCUUCCUAAAACUGAUGAUGAAUCUCAUAUGAGUUUAUCAAUUGCUUGGUCAAGUCCUGAUGAAAACGGAACACAAAGUAUUGCAUUUAGCGAUUCUCGUGGAUAUAUUACUGUAGUUAAUUUAAAUGAUUGUCUCGUUCGCAAUUUCAAAGCUCACAAUUUUGAAUCAUGGAUAGUUACAUUUCAUUAUGGAGAACCAAACAUAUUAUACACAGGUAAAUUAUUACCAAUUUAACUUAUAUUUAUAUAAUGCAGUUUUUGAUUUAUUAUCUGUUGAGAAAAACGUAAAUGUAAAUAUCAUUUUUUUUUUAACAAUAUAAAAAAUAAACAUCACUUUUAUUUCCAAAUUAAAUUUAUAAUUCAAAAUCAUUUAUUGCACUAGCCAUAUUCAUACAAUGUUUAUAGGUGGUGAUGACUGUAAAUUUAAAUGUUAUGACCAACGUUUAAAAUUUGAUAAACCUGUAUUUGAAAAUAAAGAACACAAACAAGGAGUAACUACCUGCUCAUCUAGUAAAAUUAGAAAAAAUAUAAUUGCUACUGGAAGGUAAUUUGUCAAAGUUCUGCAAACAAUUUGUAAUAUAUAUAGAAUUUAUUUAAUUUGUUUAGCUAUGAUGAAAUUGUUAGACUGUGGGAUGUACGUAAUAUGAAGCAAAGUUAUAAUAAUGUCAAUGUAAAUGGUGGAGUUUGGAGACUGAAAUGGGAACCUAUAAACGAAGAUUAUAUAUUAAGUGCUUCAAUGUUUAAUGCUGCACAUAUAAUAGACACAUCAUUAAAUAUUUGUCAUUCAUUUGGUGAAAAAAAUAACAGGCUGUUUUAUGGAGCUGAUUGGUGUCAUUUAAAUGAGAAUAAAAAAAUAAUUUCUACAUGUUCAUUUUAUGACCACAAAUUAGAUUUAUUUGUUGUAAAUAUGAAAUUAUAA